CGCCCCGCUCCCCUCCCCGUCGCAGCAAUAAACGCCGCCGUACACUGCCAUCCGCCACCACCAGCCGCGGUAGAAACAAAUCAAAUCCACGACAGCCACCUCCCCCCUCUCUCUCAGCACGCCCAACCGUAGGGCAAAAGCCAGAGAGCAGAGACCACGGGGCGCUCGCCACCAGAAGAGAGAGCGGCAGGCCACAGCCCACAGUUCUUGCUCGCGCGGGCGGUUCGUCCCUCCCCCGGAUCUGACGCGCCGGAUCGCCGGCCGGUUCCGGGCAGGGGCGGAGUCCCGGCGGGGUAUCUGAGCCGCCAGCAUCUCGUACCUCCACUCCGCAGCUACACUUUCCCUUCGCCUCUCCACCAUCUCGUACCUUUCUUUCCUCUCGCCCCUGGCCUACCCUAGGCUCCACUCCGGCCCAAUGCGGGUCUAGAUUCUCCCCCGCAGCGCGCCCCCGCCGUGCCCUAGGGCUCCCUCCCUUCCGUCCUUCCGCCGCGCCGUCCCGCUGCUCUGCCUCGUCGCGUCACCGGGGCCCUGCUGUGCUGCCUCCGCUCCACUCCACUCCGUCCGCGAUCUUGGGCGUCGCUUUCUUGAGGAACUUUAGUUUAAUGAAUUAGGCACGCAAUAUACUAUGGCGACAGAGGUCAAUCAAAACUGUUUUGCAUGGCCGCAUGAGGAAUCAUCUGGACAGGGUAGUUCUCAGGGAACAACGCAAGUGUUUGACCAUGGUUCCAUAUCUUUUGGAAGAUUCGAUUUGGAAUCGCUAGCAUGGGAAAAGUGGUCUGUUUUUACCAAUGACAGGCGCACUGAGGAGUUUGUUAAAUUUAAUGGAUUAGUUGCUAAGAAGAAGGCAUACUUUGAAGAAUACUUUAAGAGGAUUAGGGAGCUAAAGGCUUUGGAACAACAAAACCAACAAACUGAACUGAAUCUAGAGUACAGUGGCGAUGGUAGUGAUUCUAGUCAGACAGGAGAAGACGAACCAGUUGCAAAGCAUGCAUCUCCCACUGGAUCUGGAACUCAUGUUGAUGAUUCCAUUGGACAAAUAGCAGCCGAGACCACACCUGAGCAUCAGCUGGGAUGCUACAAGGAUCACAAUGAGAGCAUAAGUAAUGGAAUUUCCACAAUGACUCGUUCUUCAUCCGUUGGAGGCUUACAGAUAAUUGGCGAAGAAACCGGAGAAAAUGCAAGCAGUGAUAAGCAAAAUGCUAAAUGUGGUCAAGAUGAUCUGGUGAUGCCCAAUGAAGCUACGAUGACCCCUAAGAGAAUUAUUGAGAAGUGCUCCCGGAUUAGUCAAGCUUCAAAAAUUAUUCCAAAGACGGUCAAGAUGACUUCUAGUUAUAAUCCUGAUCACACAUUUGUCAGUAAGGGUCCUGAAUCGGCCAAGCCCAUUGUGAUAAAUCAGAAAACCAAGCCUGGAAAUAUUCAAUCAUUGCGGAAUCCAAAAGCAGCAACCACCAAUGUGAUUGGCACCACGGGAAGAACCAAACGCGUGCCCAAAGAAGAUCCUGGUGCCAUAGCUCUUAGAAGACCUUCCUCAGCAGCAUCGCAACGGCCCUCCACCAGGGAACGGCGACCUGUCACCAGAGACGGUUCACGGAACCCUGCUGGAAUGGCUAGCUCAUGUCGCCCCUCUACUGCUGAAAGACGCCUUGCCACUAGAGACCUGGCAGCAAAUCAAACAAACAUUGCUAGCCCAUGUCGACCAUCUACUGCUGAAAGGCGCGCUAUAACCAAAGAGCUGGCACCAAAGCAUGCCAACGUAGCGACCCCACGUCGGCCAUCUACAGCUGAUAGGCGCCCUAUCACCAAAGAGCCGGCACCAAAUAAUGCUAACAUUGCUACCCCACGCCGACCGUCUACUCAUGAUAGGCGCCUUACCACCAAAGAGCCAGCAGCACCUAAGCAUGCCAACAUUGCUACCCCACAACGACCUUCUACUGCCGAAAGGCGUCCUGCACGCAGAGAGAUGGCACCAAAGCUUGCUGGUAUUGCCAGUCCAUGUUGGCCAUCUACCGCUGAAAGGCGGCCUGUCGCAAGAGGGAUUGCAGAGAAGAAUGCUGAUGUUGUCACCCUGCGUCGACCAUCUACUGCUGAGAGGCGCCCUAUAAAAAGAGAAGCUGCUCCAAAGCAUGCCGAUGUUGUUCCUCUUCGCAGGCCUUCUACUGCUGAGAGACGCCCUGUUACCAGAGACACUGGGCUUAAGCAUGCUAAUGUUGGCAACCCUUGUUGCCCUUCAACUCCUGAGCGAUGCCUCAGCAGGGGAAAUGCAGCAAAGCAUGCUGAUGUUGUCAUCACCCCUUGUCGCCCUUCAACGGGAGAAAGACGCGCUAUUGCCAAAGAGAAUACCCUAAAAUUGGAUCCAAAAACACCAAUAAGGUUGAGAGCAAUGCCGGGUGAUUCAAAUGGUGCUAUGGCCACAGCGGCUACUCCCCAGAAGGCAAUUACUCGAAAUCUUGUUAAAACUAGCAAACCAGAGAUGAAAAGCUAUGCUAAGGAAAGGUUAGAACUUCAAGUUGGCGGGAAACUAAAAUCUAGUUCUGUUAAUCUUCCUCCAAGGAAAGUUUUGACUUCGAAUGUUGGAGCCAAUCGAGUCGUGGAGAACAUCAGAAAGCCAAAUAAGCAGGGCAUUCAGGAGACCGUUGGAUCUCGAGUAUUUGCAUCAAAGAAUGCAACUCCUUUGCAGACCGGAAGCGCAAAGACAAGGGUACCAAACCCGCCACCGCCUCCCCCACCACGCAGGGCAUCCCAGUCGCCGAGCAAGCCAAGCCCAAAUAAAUUGUCUGUUGGUGGUAGAAAGCCAAAGGCCUCUACUCCACACUGGCACUAACCCAGCCCCAAGUCUCCAUCUCUAGGGUUCUGCAGAACAAGCUAGCUUUGAACCUGCGAAGGAAUCGGAUGCAACUCUGCGCGGCCGAAGCAUCAUCCGUGCUAUUCCCCGUGGCCACGGUUGAUGCUGGCGUGUGUUGCUACCACCACCACCACUUUUGUCACCUGUUAACCGUAGUAGCGUAUGUACCUACGUGUAUCAUAUCCACUAAUGCCGCCGUAGCUCUGCUGCCUUAAGAAUUACCCCUACCUAGAACGUUGUAAAUACCUGAAAUAAAUUUGAGCUUUAGCUGAAGAACACUGACCCCCGUAAAGCUCGGGAAGUUUAGGGGAGUGCUUCUCCACCUUGCUGACGAUGUUCCUGUUUGAUUCAUCAUAGAUGUAAUUGUUCGUGUA